UAACUAGUGAAGUGCGUUUGGGAACUGGUCAAAGCAGAAAGGAUUUUUUUUUUUACUUCUCAAGUUAGCCAUCGAAUAAAGUCUGACUAGCUACGUUGAUAACUUUAUCUUUACACCCAAAUAUAUAAAAAAAGACUCUAUUUCAGUAUAAGUUAUUGGUGCCGCGGUGGGAAUCCGAACACGAAACUGACCUAAAGAAAGAGGAGGAGGAAUUUGCGGCAAGGAAAAGUUGUGGAAAAGUGAUACCUGAGUCCGUUACGUUAGUAUCCAUCUUUUCCAAGUAAAGUUGGGUAGCAACUUGGCUAGCUAGUUUGGUAAAACACGUUAUAAAGUGUGAUAGCUACUUAAUUAGAUACUUUUAUGCAGGUUUACUCACUUCUUGCUAACUUGUUUAGCUAGCUAACAGUAUCUAACGUUUAGUUAGUUGGAACUUGCUGGUUAGCAAGUUGGUGCUAGGUAGCUGCUAGCGAUAGCAUCACAUAUAUUAUAUCUGAUAGCAUCUUGCUACAUUACUUUGGAUCGUGGAUGCUAGUCAAUUAAUAUAAAAACAGUUAGCAUUUCUGCUACUGUACAAGCAACUGCAUCUAACUAGCUAUAUAAUGAUAUAAUAGCGCUUCGCGGCAAUCUAUUCGUUGAGCAUGUAGAAUUACUAACCUGACACAAGUGUACAGGAUAUAAAUCAUUAUUUGCAUUAUCUGACUCCGACGUGAGUCACACAAACUCAAGACACCUGUUGAAAGUGAUCAAGGAAGGAACUUCUCGACAUUCCAAAGGCCCUAACUUGAAUGAAGAACCAUCAUCAGCAUCAUCAUCAUGAAAGUGACAGUGACAUUUGGACAGACGAGUGUCGUGGUUCCGUGUAAGGAGGGAUGGAAAGUCCGUGAUCUCAUUCAACAAGCCACACAGAGAUACAGGAAGUUAUUGGAACAGGAGGGUGACUUCCUGGUUCGUACCCACCAUGUGGAGUACUGUGACGGGGGCAUCCUGGACCCUGAUGAUAUCCUGACGGACCUGGUGGAGGACAGAGAUAAGCUGAUGGCCGUCUAUGAGGAGCAGGAGGCCCAGCGGAGAGGAACUGUGAGUCCCAGAGGAGGAGUAACAGGAAGGCCCAGCCAAGACCCCUAUGACGCCGAGGUCUCCGUCUUCCAGCCAAUCAGAGGAGGAGAGAUAGAGGUCAACUCCUCAGCUCUCAAAUCCAACACUCCUCUGCUUGUAAGGAGCAGCAGUGAAUCAGCCCUCAGCCCCCCAGUGGAGACCUCACAGCCCCCCCAGCCUCAGGAGCCCAACGACAGGCCUGGCCCUGAACCCCUCACGGGGGUGAACCAUGGACUGGACAAGACAGGAGGACACAGAGCUGAUGUCUCGACUACCAAACUCAACACAUUCCCUCUAAGCAGCCUGACCAAGACAGUGGAGAUCUCAGGAGAACAUGGUCCGUUGGGGAUCCACGUUGUUCCUUAUGUCUCCUCUCUCAGCGGACGGGCUCUGGGCCUGCACAUUCGUGGUGUGGAGGAGAACAGUCGUUCUAAGCGAGAGGGGAUCUUCCAGGACGACGAGUGCAUUGUUAAAAUCAAUGAUACAGAGUUAAUGGACAAAUCCUUUACCCAGGCACAGGAAGUGUUCCGUUAUGCUAUGCGGUCCCCCAUGGUGCGUCUGGAAGUAGUUCCUGUCCCUAACAGGGAGAGGUACGAGAAGAGCCUGAUUGGUCAGCUCCUCAACCAAUCAGGCAGUCCCAAAGCCACAACCAAGACUGCCUCUAAGGAGCCUCUUUCAAUCAAACCCGCCUUUAAGCCCUCUGACUCUCCUACUGCCCGAAUGGCUGAGGACAGCAGCAGUCUAGAGGGCCGACCAAUGGGAUCCCCCCAUCUCGCCCACCCUGUCCCCGUCAGCCUAUCCCCUGUCCCCAAGGAGAAGAGUGACAGCCCGCUCCUGAAGAGGAGUCCCACCUUCUCUACCCUGGUGGGCUUCACCAGCAAGAAGGGAGGGAAGAGACUGAAGAUCGAUUUAAAGAAAGGUCCCGAGGGUCUAGGCUUCACCGUGGUGACCAGGGACUCGUCUGUACACGGCCCUGGUCCUAUCCUGGUCAAGAACAUCCUGCCUCGCGGGGCCGCCGUCAAAGAUGGACGCCUGCAGUCAGGGGAUCGGAUCCUGGAGGUGAAUGGUGUGGACAUCAGCAGACAUAGCCAGGAGGAGCUGGUCUCCAUGUUGAGGAGCACCAGGCAGGGAGACAGUGUUGUUCUGCUUGUGGCCAGACAGGAAGACGUCUUCCUGCCCCGAGAACUGAAGGAGGAGGAGGCGCGUGCUGUCUUGCUGUCUGAGGAAGGGAAGGAACAGCUGAUGUUUGAGGUUCCUCUGAAUGACACAGGGUCCGCUGGUCUAGGGAUCAGCCUGAAGGGCAACAAGUCCAGGGAGACAGGAGAGGAUCUGGGCAUCUUCAUCAAGUCCAUCAUCCAUGGAGGAGCUGCGUACAAGGACGGUCAUCUGCGUGUGAAUGACCAGCUGAUAGCGGUGAACGGAGAGUCUCUACUGGGGAAGUCGAACCAUGAAGCCAUGGAAACGCUGAGGAGAUCCAUGUCUAUGGAGGGGAACCUGAGGGGCACGAUACAGCUGGUGGUCCUACGAGCUCUGCUCAAAUCAGAGGAUCCAUUUGUCCCCUCGAACAAGUCUUUUGAUGCCUCUAGCAGCUGCCCAGCCAGAUCGGCUAACACCGCAGCCCAGCUGCCUGUGGUCAACAACACCAUCUAUGAGAGAUCCAAUGUCUUUAAUGGAAGUUCCGCCCACGUUGGUGAAGAGGAUGAUGAAGAGGAGCUGAAUCGUAUAUCUCCUCGUCAGGAAGGCCUGAGUCCAGCCCCAGGGGAUAGCUCCACCAGAACCAUCCCUGGACCAGCCCCAGGGGAUAGCUCCACCAGGCCCAACCCUGGACCAGCCCCAGGGGAUAGCUCCACCAGAACCAUCCCUGGACCAGCCCCAGGGGAUAUCUCCACCAGGCCCAUCCCUGGACCAGCCCCAGGGGAUAUCUCCACCAGAACCAACCCUGGACCAGCCCCAGUGGAUAGCUCCACCAGGCCCAUCCCUGGACCAGCCCCAGUGGAUAGCUCCACCAGAACCAUCCCUGGACCAGCCCCAGGGGAUAUCUCCACCAGGCCCAUCCCUGGACCAGCCCCAGGGGAUAUCUCCACCAGAACCAACCCUGGACCAGCCCCAGUGGAUAGCUCCACCAGGCCCAUCCCUGGACCAGCCCCAGUGGAUAGCUCCACCAGGCCCAUCCCUGGACCACAGCUGGCCCAGUUUCAGUACCACCACACCAAGACCUCCAAGACCUCCAAGAGCAUGGACCUGGUGGCAGAUGAAAGCAACGUGGGAUCACUAACAGACCACAGGUCAGAGCCCUCCCCGGCCGCGGACCUUGGUCCUACCUUGGGUUUGAAGAAGUCCAGUUCUCUGGAGAGUCUGCAGACGGCCAUGUCAGAGGUCAGGAAGAAUGAGCCCCUCCCCUUUCACAGGCCACGCCCCCACAUGGUCAGGGGGAGGGGCUGCAACGAGAGCUUCAGAGCGGCCAUUGACAAAUCCUACGACGGACCAGCUGAUGAAGAUGAUGAUGACCUGUCAGACCAGAGUUCGGGACGGGACACCCCUGCCAGCGGCUCCUCUCGCCAGGGAGUGGGGGAAGCCACGGAGGAGAGGAAAGACAAGAAGAAGAAGACCAAAGGAAAGAAGAAAGAGAAGCAGUCCAAAGGAAAGAAGAUAAGUGAGGAUGUGGACGAGCCAGACAAGAAGACCAAGAAGAAGAAAGGUUUUGGUUUACUGAGAUUUGUAAAGAAGAAAGAUGAGAAGGUAAAGAGAGCAGAAGCCAAGGCCGCGCUACAGAGACAGAAGUCCGAGGUUCUGAGUGAAGAGGAGCUGGAGAGGAUGAAGGAGGAGAGAGAGAGGAUCGAGGCGAAGCACGCAGAGCUGAGGGAGCGUCAGGCCAGAGAUAAAGGACCUCUCCCUGAUGUUGAGGAUGAUUACAUGGACCCCAACUACGCACGCAUCAACAACUCCCCUUACAGCAGAACCCGUACCCCGUCGCCCCAACGCCCGCCACCCCACAGCCUCGGCCCAGGCCCCUCCCACGGCAACGAGCCAUCCAAUAAGGACCCCCUGGACGGGCUGUAUGCCAAGGUCAACAAGCAGAGACAAGCCCCGCCCAUGGCCGACAGUAGUGUGGACCGUAUCCAGCAGCUGAGGAGAGAGUACCAGCAGGUCUGCAGAGAGGGAGCAGCACCAGUCUAUGAAGAGAUAGAGACCAGACAAAGAGGACCUGAGUACAACCAACAUAAGAUGCCCGUUAGAGUGGCUGGGCCUGGGCCUGAUCAUCGUCUAGCUCCACGCUACGAAGAGGUGGAGCGGCAGUAUGCUUCCUUGCCCAGGUAAAUACACCUCUCUCUGCUCUCUGUCUCUCCCCCUCUC